AUGCCAACUAUCUCCUACUAUCAUAAUGAUGCAGCUUACAUUAGUCACUGUUUGAACCUUCAGAAGUCCACAUUAUCAUUAUUUCUGGGCAGAUGGAGCAGGUUGGUCAUUUCCAUGUCCAAAACCCAGUGGAGUCCUCAAUGAUCUUCUAUCCGCCCCGCCCCCCGUCAUUUCCUCUCCACUACAUCCAAAUUAGGCACAAGAGCUUGCACAUAGAUACACAAUCCAUUACAAAUCAGGCAGGAAUAGGACAUAUAUCUCUAACACAUAUCUUUAACACCAUAGCAUUUUAUACAACAAUUCCCAACAAGUGUAAUAUCUUCUCUCAACACUGCAAUACAUAUUUAAACAUAUAAGAAGAAAGAGCAUUUAUCAGUUAUGCACCUCUUCUCACUAAAUCCCAAUCCAAUCCAAAAUCAAUCACUGUGUGCAUCUAAGAGAACAUUUGGUUUUGUUGCUGUUAUUUCUCGACCUGACGUUCUGCCACUCCCUUGAAUAUAUUUUGUAUGGCAAACCACUUUUGAAGCUGAGGUAGGUUCAUAAGUAGUUUGUGACAUGCCACACACUUUCAAAACUAUCCCAGAAACCUUCCUGGAAAUGGUGCCAUGCGAUCUUAUAACAUUCUUUCCUUGGGCUGUACAGGGGAGAGAGAGAGAGCUGCACGUUGACAGCAUGAAGCCAGAUUUUCCACGGUCCUUGGAAACAAUGCCAAGUGAUCAUGUAACACUAUUUUCUAUGGCAUUUCAAUUUUGAAAGCAUGUGGAAGGGGGCACACGUCCUAGCUUUGCAGAGAGACUUUUCCCUUGGGGGAACUUAAAGAAAAUAAGAAAUGUGAGUUGGAUCCCAACAACAUUUGGAGUGUCACAGAUUUCCCACCCUGUUCUAAAACUGUAGCGCAGGUAUGGAGAACCUUUAACCCUCCAGAUGUUGCUGUCCCAUCAGCCCCACCAAGAUGGUCAGUGGCCAGGAAUGAUGGGAGUUGUAGUCCAACAACUUCUGGAGAGCCAAAGGUUCUUCAUGUCUGCUAUAGAGGGAGCAGACUUUUCCUGGUCCUUUUAUCUACAGUUUCUUCCGUCUGCUGAGUAGCACCACUGAAAACUUUCCAACCUGGAAGACUGGGGCUGGAUAUCUAAGAAAGAAACUUACAAGAGAAGGCUAGACUUUAAUAUUAUGCCACCUACAUAGCCGUAAAGGGACAGAAAUAACCCUCCUGUAUCUAAUAAAAACAGUCAUGUAGCCAGAUCUGUUUUUGCCUCUGAUACAGUCUGUAGGGUUUAUGUUAUAUCAUCAUGGAAUAAGGACAUGCCAAUUUUGCAUUGAGCUCACAGCAUAUUUAGGAAUGCUUUUCAGGUGUGCGAAUAAGCUCUUUAAAAGAAUAGCAGCCCUGUAUCAAAAAGUUUACGUAAGCCAAGUUAUGCAAAGUACACAUCCAUUGAAACGAUGUUCCUACAUAAAUUAAUAUCACCUCCUUAGCUUCCAUCUCAACUAUGAAAAUUGGCUCCAUCUGUUUCAUUUCUAUUACUUUUUUUAAUUAGGAGGAAAAUUGUCAAGGAUAUCUGAAAAUUCCUCUUCACAUUAUCAAACGCAGAGAAGAAAGGAAAGCUUUUAUCCUUUAUUUCAUUUGUCUUACCUACAUGAUAAUGCUGAUUAUGUCUCUUUUAUUCUUUCAUAAGCUUCACUGUUUGUUUCAUCACUGAAAAUGUGAGCAAAUUUACUGUUCUUAUAUCUUUGUUUACUCCUUUUUUCCAAGUUAGAUUUUGAUAAUGCUUCCUUUCUAGUAAUAACAAGAAUUGGAUGCUUGUUCAAUGAAUACACUUUUCUUCUUUGCCUUAUCUUUAGAUGAAAGCAGUUUCUUUGAAACUACACAAAAAGACACCUAAAUUAAAAUGCCAUAUAGAGAAACUGCAAGAACGAGUCUUUCUUGGAAGGGAAAAAAAUUACAUGGUUUACACCCCUCCCCUUACUUAAAAUCCCAAUGACUUAUAGCAUCUUUCAGCUUCCUAUACAGUGGUACCUCGAGUUAAGUACUUAAUUCGUUCUGGAGGUCCAUUCUUAACCUGAAACUGUUCUUAACCUGAAGCACCACUUUAGGUAAUGGGGCCUCCCGCUGCCGCUGCAUCACUGCCGGGCGAUUUCUGUUCUCAUCCUGAAGCAAAGUUCUUAACCCGAGGUACUAUUUCUGGGUUAGCGGAGUCUGUAACCUGAAGCGUAUGUAACCUAAAGCGUAUGUAACCCGAGGUACCACUGUAUUAGAUAUUUUUAAAAUAAUAAUUUAAAAGUCUAGUUUAAAAUUCUUUAAAAAGUUUCCAUUUCAGUAUGAAAAUAUCAUGCUGUAAAUGAAUAAGGAGAGGAACAACCCAUGCUGCUCAGUCCUAGAGGGUGUGGUGUUUUUUGUUUUGUUUUUUAAAAAAACUUUCCAGCCAAGAAAGUUGUGAACAAAUACUUAUUCAGCAGUUUAAUGGAGGUCUAAAAUGGGACUUGAAAAAGAUCUAGCUGUGAAAGGAGCCCUCUUGGGCCAAGACACUUUGAGAGCCUUUCUCCCCUCCCUGGAAAAUUUGGUGUGGUCCAUUAUCAUGCCCCAAUAAUUCAGGAGCCACCACAGCAAGCAAGAGCAACACAGAUAUUGUCCCAACUCCAAAUUAGCCAAAGGAGGAAUUUUGUGCUGGGGCAGUGGGGGUCUCUACCCUUAACACACAUAUCUUGACUUGACCUAUCUGAUAGAGAAGCAUAUAGGCAGGGUUGGAAUUCUGGAAAGGCCAUUGUGGCAGGCCCAACCUACCUCCUUAUUUUAAACGGUGGGUCCAGUCUACCUUCUUGCUAUUCUCUUGGGGUCUUAGGGUCUGUUCACGUUACACCUUACAGUGCAGUUGUUCUUCUCAGCUCAGGCAUUGUACAAUUCUUUCCUCUCCAGCUGUUCACAUCAGCACAGCUUUGUUAGUGUCAGAUUAGUUUCUGUUCCAGUCGGACUGAGAAACAACGCAUCAAACAGUUGUAUUUUGUAGCAAAGUACAGGAUAGGUUGGAUGUUGCCCCCAGAGAUGCACCCCAUUGUCUUUUGAGACAAAAGGAUGCCAACAAAAUGGGAGUCAAGAGUCUCAGAACCCCUUCCCAGCUACCCUGGAACUUGCCCCUUCCCUCUGUGAUUUUUUUCCCAGAGUCCUACUUGUUUUUAUUCAUUUAUUUAAUGAGACAGUGGCAUCUUAACCAACAAUAAGUUUAAGGCAGAUUGUAAAUUCACAUAAGAUUACAUUUCACAUUUAUGCAGGAGUAAGUCCUAUUCGGUUCAAGAAGGAAUGCAUAGAAUUGCAGUCUGUAUUUAGUAGGCUUACAUCUUCUGUUUAGGGAAACAUCAAAUACUGUUGAGCUAUGUGUUCAUGGAGAAGCCUCUCGUUGUGAGGGGAAUACCCUAUAAUGUCCUUUUCAUUUUUUUAGGUGCAGAAAAUACCACAAACCCAUAUGCAGCCCGCACCUACAGUUCUCCGGCCACUUACUUCAAAGAAGCACAUGACUUACUCCAACUUAAAAGAGAUAAUUCACUUGGUAAAAUGGGCGUGUUGAGUGCGUGGGACUGAGUUUGGUAUGUGGUAAAGCAGUAGCUUUGUGCUUUUGGGGUUUUUUUAAAACCUGGUUUGCAGAUCAUUUAUCAUGUUAUCAAAGAGUUCCCAAAGGUCACUUGAGCAAAAAAUGUCAGUGAAGUUGUAAGCUCGCUAUGACCACUUCACCUUGUAUAGAAAUCAGAAUGGAUGUACUCUGCUCAAAUUCUCAACAGUCCAAUUCAGUUGUCUGAAUAACCUCUAAGCAGUUUGAGCAUUAUCGUUAGGGAGACUUACCUACUAGCCGGGAAGAUGCAAUUUGCUUUCAUUAUGUUCAGCUUUCAAGAGUUGCUUUCACACCAGUUCUGACCUGCCAGCCAGACAUACAAGCAUUUUUAGUUGGCCUCUUUGAUAUUUUUUUAAAUGAUUGAGAUUAGAGCAGGCACACUAAAUAUUUAUGGCUGAUUGCAACCUCUAGCUGAUUUUUUCUUGAAAAAAUAACAUUCUGAAAAUACAACACUCUUUAAAUGUUUGAUUAAGGAUACCUUUUAUUUAUGUCAGCACAAAGAAGAGUGCAGCUGUACAAAACAUACAUCAAUGUCCAAAGUUAAAAGACAUUAAAAUUCAUAAGGUUCAUUUUCUGACGUUCUCUACAAACUGUAGCUGAGAGUUUGUCACAGAGUUAACAUCAGCAAUAAAAUUAUAUAACUGCUGGUGUCACAUUCCUUGAGGUACAUUCAGAGGCAUCUACAAUUUUACAGACAAGUUUUACUUAUUUCAAAAAUGAACAUAAAUUAUCCUUAAUCUUACUUUCUGUAAUAGUAAAAGGAUGUGUCAGAGGAAAUCAUCUAUAUUCCAGGGAGGUUUAGCUAAGACAAAGAUGAGAUUCGGGGUUGUUGUGUUUCAUUUUGUUCCAUUACAUGCAACGCCAACAAAACUACAGAAAGUGAAAAUAAUUUACAGCAAUCCCCUUGUUUAGUAAAGUAGAUUAGAUACAAAAUUUUGUGACAGACUUACUGGCACUCCAAGCAGACGGUUCAGAAUUUCCUGUUGCCUGAGAAGGAAUGCUAUUGUGCCUUUGUCUAGAUGGUGGGUUUCCAAUUGGCCACUGUGAGAAAAGAAUGCUGAACUAGAUGGAUCUUUGGUCUGACCUCAUAGAGUCCUUCUUACGAUUCACUAGCCCUGUUUGGUUGUUUCAUUUCUGUGCGUGAUAGCACUCAUGUGAGGGGGGAGCCGGAGUGUGCUGCCAAGGCCCACCCAUUCCCACAUGUUUCAAAGGCUCACCUGUGACCCUCCAGAUUUUGGUAGACUACAGUUCCCAUCAUCCUUUCCCAAAGGCUAUGCUAGCUGGGACUGGAGGGAGCUGGAGGGACAUAGUUUUCCCAUUUCCACAAGGAAUGAAAUCACAAGUCCAAGGGUAGCUCCAUUGCAAUAUUGCCUCAAGCAAGAUGGCUGUGGAUAGCGGUUGAGUAAGUUCAUUAUUAAAGAUACAUCAGGGUGCUCAACAGCACAUACAUACACUUAACACCUUCCCAGGUCACACUGAACCUAUGUGAAAUGGCCACCACAUGUAGGGGGAAACACUUAUAGUACAAUGGUAUAGAACUCCAGUAAGAAACUGAGGACCUCACAUGCUUAUUCUGACAGCUGUUGAAAAUGUGACACCUCUGUUGGUGGUGAUGUAAACAAACCAAAAGUAUUCCUGGAAAUAAAUUCUCACAGCAAUAAACAAAAAAGUUAAUAAGAAAUUUCCCUUGACCCCAAGGUAUUGUUGCAAAUGUAUGAUAAAAGACAGGUGGCAAAGGGAUAAAGAGACUCUCCACUUUUAUAUGAUCAUGACAGCUAGAAUUGUUUGCACAAAGUAUUGGAAAACAAAUCAUAUACCUAGGCUCAAGAGAAUGGUACAUCAGAUUGUGGAAAUGGCCAUCCUGAAUAAAUUAGCUUGAGCUUGUCAAGCUAGUCUGGGAAUCAUACAAGGUUUUGACCGAGACUGGAAACAGUGCAAGCAAUUCUGAAGUAACAAACAAAUCAGCUGUUAGUAGUCAUUUUCUGCUUUUAUAAAUUCUAUUAUAUAAGCAGUCAUGAGUUGGGGGGGUAGCCUUUUGAGAUCCCACCCCCCAGUUGUAGUAAACAUUCCUCAGGAUUAAACAAAGUUUGUUUGCUCCACACUUCCAUUUCUUGUAACAUCGUUCUACAAAGUUUGCAGCAGCAAAAACAAAUAAGAAAUAUGCUCUAAGAUGACAGUCACAAGACUUGAGCGGUGAUAGCCAUGUGGUCGGAUGGUGUGAAACACCCCACGUACUGGGACAUGGUCAGAUUUCCAAAAACAGAAACCCUGUUCCCUAAAAUUAGGGGCUACCAGGACCCCCUGAUGGGUUCUAGACUGGACUGCACUGCUUGGAUCUUUUGGUUGCACUUGAGAAUUACAUCAAAAGAAUAAAAAAUGGUUCAGGUCAAUAAAACUGCCCAUGCACUUCUCUAUCUAUGGGCAUGGAGUCAUCCCACAGGCAGAACUGGCACAGAUUUGUAGAUUCACACUGCGGUCUGAAUGCAAAGCCAGCUGAGAAAAUGCACCCCAAACUAAUUUUGUUCCUGGGCUUCUGUCAAGAACUAAGAAGCUGGACAUAUUUUUACAUUUCUUAUUUCCCUAAGUCAUGGAACAGAUUUAUACAACCAUUUUAUAUAAUAACAAUUCCUGCCAAAGGAUUACAAAUCAUGCUGGACAAUCCAGACAAAUGGACUCAACAUCUAUUAUGACCACUUUUACAACUUUAGUGUAAAGCGAGAGGUCUCUCCACCUCCUAAUAAUAGCAUGAAGAACUUCCACUGCAGUUCCAAGGUAUUUGCACUACAGGAGAAAGUGCUUCAAUCUUAACUAUGGCAAGCAAUGAAGAAAAAUAACACGGGGGAGGGAGGGAUAGUAGAGGCACUGAUAGCAGUAGAAGGCUACCAAGAGCAGGAAUAUAAGAAAAUACAGUUCUAUAAAACAAACCACAGCAGCAGACACCUUAAUCGUCCAGCCAAAUGCAUGCUGAAAUACAAAAAGCUUUCUGUCUUAUUGUAGAAGUGUAUGGGGUGGAAUAUGUUUUUGGGGCUUCCAAUUCAAACUAUCUUCCUAAAAAACCAAAAUAGUCAUUUUGAGUCAGGAAUGUGUGGGUUUUUUGGGGAGGGAGGAUUUAUUGACUCCCUCCACCCUGAUGUUCCAGUGUCCACCAUCUGGCUAGACCCCUGACAUAUCAAAAAAUUACCAGAUCCCACACUCUAAUCCAGGGUUUUCCAAACGUGAGGAUCCAACUAUUUUUGGACUAGAAUUCCCAUCAUUCCUAGCUAUCAGGACAGCGGUCAGUUGAAGAGAACUGUAGUCCAAAAACAGCUGGAGACCCAAGUUUGGGAAAGCCUGCUCUAAUCAGUCCACCUACCCAUGGAUCUCUAUGAUAAUCAAUACAUGGCUCUGUCAAUCCAUUAGGUUAUGAUAAGCCCUAGUGGUGGUGUAGUGGUUAGAGUGUCAGACUAGGAUUUGGGAGACCAGAGUUGAAAUCCACACUCGGCCAUGGAGCUUGCUGGGUUCAUGCCUUGCUAGCCACAGUUUGGAAGUUCCUCUUGUAUGGUAUUGACUGCAUCCAUGUUACUCCUGGUAGUAGCUGAAGGAACUGCAUCAAGGGAACCAGCAACUGUGCUUUGCUUGUUAUUUCUUGCAUUUUUAUUCCUCCCUGUUCUGCCUUCCUUUCAAAAGUGGAGGUUUCAUCUACUUGGCAUCGGCAGGCUUUGCCUUAGUGGGGAAAAACUGGAUGGCUUGACUUCUGAAAAUAUUGGACAAUUCUUUCCAAACAGAAUUGUUUAUUAACUUCCUGAGGGGGUGACUUAAGAAAUAAGGGAGGAAGAGAAAGGAAGAAAAGAAAAGAAAAGAAAAGAAAAGAAAAGAAAAGAGGCUGAAAAGCAGUAGGGUGAGCUUUUGGAGUCCAGCAGAGCUGGUUCUGAGGAGCAUAAUUAAUAUCUAGAAACUUUUCACUAUUAACAGACUAAGACAAUCUUUGCUGAUCUCUGCACAGUUUGUGUCCAAGGAUGACCAGCUGAGAGAUUAAUCAAGUCAUCCAAAGUGGAAAAUUAAAAGCCAUGGGGAUAACACCGUCAGGGUAUGCAAGGUGGCUCUCCUGCAGAAACAGAGACCUUGGCGGUGGCUUGAUGGUCUUUGAGACAUUUGCUUCUAGGCAGUCAAGUUUUCCACUGUAGUUCUUCAUCUUUCUCUCACUUUUCCAAUGAAAGAACGGAGAUUGCCCAAGGCACAAGAAUGCCGGUCUUGAGGUGUUAAGCUGUGGAAUUUUCUGACUAUAAUGAUGAUAAACAUUUUGUCUUCCAGAUGUGA